AUGAAUCUUUUCACAACAAUUAUUAUUUAUCACACCCUAAUCUCCCCCAUCUUAGCCACAAUCUCAUUCUGAUUACCCCAAAUAAACCCAGAUCAUGAAAAACUCUCUCCAUACGAGUGUGGCUUUGAUCCCUUAGGAUCAGCCUGCCUUCCUUUCUCCCUCCGAUUUUUCCUAAUCGCUAUCUUAUUUCUCCUUUUCGACCUAGAAAUUGCUCUCUUACUCCCCCUACCUUGAGGAGAUCAACUUACAUCACCUCUUUCAACCUUUUUAUGGGCCUCCACUAUCUUAAUCCUAUUAACCCUGGGCUUAGUUUAUGAAUGAAUUAAGGGGGGCUUAGAAUGAGCCGAAU